UCUCAGUUAAACUUUAGUUUACUAACAAACCAUUCUCGAAAGAGCACCAUGCGACGUAUAACCGUAGCUAUUAUUAUUUCAAUACAUAUAGUAUUAACAUAUGGUAACGUGACUUCUUCUACAAAAAAUGGUGACAUCACAACAAGUAUACCCUUGGAUAAUUAUGCACAGAAUGUGUCAUAUAUUAAAUCCGGUGAAAAGAAAAAGGAAUCGGUGAAAACGUUUAAUUUGAACGACAGUCCGGUGUAUCUUGAUGAUGUGCUAUUCGUUCUGAAGCAUCAAAAUUGGACGGAGGAGGAACAGCCUUGCUUACGUACGACGCUGCUGCUGUUACACAAUCUUCAGAAUUUUACUUUAUGGGCUGUUUGGAACUGGGAUGCGAUAUCAUCAGAACCUCAGGGUCUUCUUUUUGGGAGUAAAUUCCAUUUGGGCAAUUUUGAUGAGUGUAUGAGCGCACCAUGGUACAAAACACAACCAGAGCUUCGGACUCAGUACUGCUUAGCUGAUAUUGUUCUGGAGAGAACUGAUAAACCCGUGAAGAAACGAAUAUCUGACCCGUAUGAUCCAUAUCAGUCUGCUUUAAAUCUUCUCGAACACCGAUCUGUGUUCCGUCGAUCAUUGAACGAGCUAACUUGGGGAGUAUGUGUGCCUGCAGUGUGCCAACCUAAAUCUGUGGAGCGAUUGAUGGGAAUCCUCCUUGCACACAGUCACCUCGGUACAGCGGGACUGCGACCGCACAUCUCCGUCACCGAACCAUGUCAGAAAGUUGAUGAACCUAUACCGUUCGACGCGUUGUUUUAUGCUUUUAUAGGAGUGAUGGGGUCUUUAACAAUUUUGGCACUCGCUUGCACAUUUAUAAAGUAUAAGAAAAAGGACUUAAAUUAUAACAAAAUUCAAGACAGCAUUAUUAUAGCAUUCGAUAUUAAAACGAAUGCGAAGAAUUUGUUAAAAACAUCGGGGAAAGGACUUGAAGUGUUAUAUGGUAUCAAGUUUCUUACGAUGUGUGUGAUCGUCUCCGCUCACCAGUAUGGUAUAUUCAAUGGAGGUCCGGUGAGCAAUGGCUCCAAAUUGGACGAGGAAGCUCUAACCAUACUAGGUUUGAUGUUUCUGCACGAAGAUGUCGUAGUAGACUCUUUCUUCCUGCUUUCCGGUUUCCUUAUGGCCACUUUACUUAUAAAAGCGAAGAAACUGCCCAAUCUAUUUGACUUUAUUAUAAAGAGAUACGUCAGGUUAGUGGUCGCAUAUGCCGUAGUUAUAUUUUACGUCUGCGCGAUAUUUCCGUAUACUGGUUCCGGUCCUUUAUGGCACAGGGCCAUAGCAGCUGACACAGAGCCAUGCAGGAAGAACUGGUGGCUCAAUCUCCUCAUGCUGAGCAACUAUAUAGACAGCCAAAACAUAUGCCUCGUCGUCAGCUGGUACAUUCCUUGCGACUUCCACUUUUGUAUAUUGACUGUGGCAUUGUACUGCUUCUACAAGAAAUUUCCUCUAGCCGGUAAAAUAAUAGCAACCGUUGUCUCCGUAGCUGCAAUCCUCGCGCCAGGGAUCAUCAACUACAUUUACGAACUACCGGCGAUACAAUUGUUUACCUAUGACUUCAUGACAAACCCUCGGGGAUCAUUGCAGUUCCAUAUGACGUACAUCAAGAGCCACACGCGAUACGCUGCGUAUCUCAUCGGCUUCCUGAGUGGUAUCCUGUACUCCUAUUGUGCCGCAUCCGAUAAAUUCAAUAAGAUACCGAAAAAAUGGUCAAUCCUAGGUGCAUGUCUAAGUAUAUUCACUAUGGGUGUAGUGAUGUUUACUGGUCCCAUGUUCCUGUGGCGAAGCUACGACGUGCUUGAAAGCGCUAUAUACGCGGCCCUCAAUCGACCGGUUUGGGCCAGCUGUGUCGCGUUGCUCGUUAUAUGCUUGUCACUUGGACACGUUCCUCUCAUCAAGGGCUUCCUGAGCUGGUACCCGUGGGUGCCGCUGAGCCGCCUCUCGUAUGGCCUCUAUCUCAUUCACGCUGUGUUCAUAGCUCGCAAUGUAUAUGUCACUCGAAAUCCGCAACAUCACGACUACAUAAACAUAAUGACACACUGUCUCGGUAUCAUUUGCGAAGGAAGUCUGGCGGCAUUGCUUAUUUGGCUCAUCGCUGAAGCACCUAUCAACAACCUUCUUAACGUUAUGUUCAAAUUCAGUAACAAUGAGAAAAAAGAAACGAAUACAGAAGGACAAUCAUCCAUAAAUGGCGGAAAUGAUAAAAGAACAAACAGAGACCACUUACACGAAAAUAUGCCUACGUCGGUACAGAUUAUUUCUUCGAAGAUAUAAAAUGAGUUCUAGAUAUCUUUUUUUGACGUAUAUGUAUCAAAAAU